CUCCGCUCGCCUGGCCCGGACCGGAAGCGGCGCCGCACGGCCUGGGCCUGGCGCGGGGGGCGGGCACCGGGGCCCGGUCCGACAUGGGCAAGAAGCACAAGAAGCACAAGUCGGACAAACACCUCUACGAGGAGUAUGUAGAGAAGCCCUUGAAGCUGGUCCUCAAAGUGGGAGGGAACGAAGUCACCGAGCUCUCCACGGGCAGCUCGGGGCACGACUCAAGCCUCUUCGAGGACAAAAACGAUCAUGACAAACACAAGGACAGAAAGCGGAAAAAGAGGAAGAAAGGAGAGAAGCAGGUUCCAGGAGAAGAAAAGGGGAGAAAACGGAGACGAGUAAAGGAGGAUAAAAAGAAGCGAGAUCGGGACCGUGUGGAGAAUGAGACAGAGAAAGAUCUCCAGUGCCAGGCCCCUGUAAGAUUAGACUUGCCUCCUGAGAAGCCUCUCACAAGCUCUUUAGCCAAACAAGAAGAAGUAGAACAGACACCCCUUCAAGAAGCUUUGAAUCAACUGAUGAGACAAUUACAGAGAAAAGACCCAAGUGCUUUCUUUUCAUUUCCUGUGACUGAUUUUAUUGCUCCCGGCUACUCCAUGAUCAUUAAGCAUCCAAUGGAUUUUAGCACCAUGAAAGAAAAGAUUAAGAACAAUGAUUACCAGUCCAUAGAAGAACUGAAGGAUAACUUCAAACUAAUGUGUACUAAUGCUAUGAUUUACAACAAACCCGAGACCAUUUAUUAUAAAGCUGCAAAGAAGCUAUUGCACUCAGGGAUGAAAAUUCUCAGCCAGGAGAGAAUUCAGAGCCUGAAGCAAAGCAUAGAAUUCAUGGCAGACUUGCAAAAAAGUCGAAAGCAGAAGGAUAGAACCGACCAGUCUCAGAGUGGGGAGGACAGCGGCUCCUGGCCGAGAGAAAGGGAAGACUCCGGAGACCCUGAAACCCGAGCCUUCAAGGGUCCCAGCAAGGAAAACAAAAAGAAAGACAAAGAUAUGCUUGAAGAUAAAUCUAAGAGCAGUAACUUAGAAAGAGAGCAGGAGCAGAUUGACCGCAUUGUUAAGGAAUCUGGAGGAAAGCUAACCAGGCGGCUUGUUAACAGUCAGUGUGAAUUUGAAAGGAGAAAACCAGAUGGAACGACAACAUUGGGGCUUCUGCAUCCCGUGGAUCCCAUUGUAGGAGAACCAGGCUACUGCCCUGUGAGACUGGGAAUGACAACCGGAAGGCUUCAGUCUGGAGUGAAUACUUUGCAGGGGUUCAAGGAGGACAAAAGGAACAAAGUCACUCCGGUGUUAUACUUGAAUUACGGACCCUACAGUUCUUAUGCUCCACAUUACGACUCCACAUUUGCAAAUAUCAGCAAGGACGACUCUGAUCUAAUCUAUUCAACCUAUGGGGAAGAGUCUGAUCUUCCAAGUGAUUUCAGCAUCCAUGAGUUUUUGGCCACAUGCCAGGAUUAUCCAUACGUGAUGGCAGAUAGUUUACUGGAUGUUUUAACAAAAGGAGGCCAUUCUAGAACCCUUCAAGAGUUGGAGACGGUAAGAAGGCUGCUAAAGAACCGGCCAUCACCUGAAGAUGAAGGCCAGACCAGGACCCUUGACACAGCAAAAGAAAUGGAGCAGAUUACAGAAAUAGAGCCAGAGGGGCGUUUAGACUCCAGUAAUCAGGACAGGCUCACAGCGCUGAAAGCAGUAACAAAUUUUGGUGCUCCUGUUGAAGUGUUUGACUCUGAAGAAGCUGAAAUGUUCCAGAAGAAACUUGAUGAGACCACCAGAUUGCUCCGAGAGCUCCAGGAAGCCCAGAACGAACGUCUGAGCACCAGACCCCCUCCCAACAUGAUCUGUCUCUUGGGCCCCUCUUACAGGGAAAUGCAUCUCGCUGAACAAGUGACCAAUAAUCUGAAAGAACUCGCACAGCAAGUCACUCCAGGUGAUAUUGUGAGCACGUAUGGGGUUCGGAAGGCGAUGGGGAUUUCCAUCCCCUCCCCCAUCGUGGAAAACAACUUCGUAGAUUUAACAGAAGAUUUUGAAGAACCUAAAAAGACUGAUGUUGCCGAGUGUGGACUGGAUGGGGUUUGAAGCUAACUGGUACUUCAUUAUAUAUUAUGUACAUAGUUUUUUCAUUCUUCACUUGGAAAUCCUUUUCAGAAGAUAGUAAAUAUUUGUAAAUUGUGUUUUUAAUUAAACUUUGGAACAAUUAAUGUUCCAGAGAUUGGACUUCUAUUAGGUAAUAAAGCUGAGCUGGGGACUGCGA